AGCUGAAAACCCGGAUCCGCGCGUCUGGCCGCCCGGGCGCGUGUGCGCAGGAGCUGCCGCAGGCGUAGACUCUGGGCGGGCUUGGUCGAGCAGACCGGCGCGGGUGCGCGCCACAGGCCCGCACGGUCCCGCCCGGGUGCGGGAUGGCCGCCAGCCUAUGGAUGGGAGACCUGGAAUCCUACAUGGAUGAGAACUUCAUCUCUAGAGCCUUUGCCACCAUGGGAGAGACCGUGAUGAGCGUCAAAAUUAUCCGAAACCGCCUCACUGGAAUCCCAGCUGGCUACUGCUUUGUGGAAUUCGCAGAUUUGGCCACUGCCGAGAAGUGUUUACAUAAAAUUAAUGGGAAACCCCUCCCGGGAGCCACACCUGCAAAACGUUUUAAACUGAAUUAUGCCACUUAUGGGAAACAACCAGACAAUAGCCCUGAGUACUCCCUGUUUGUGGGGGACCUGACCCCAGACGUGGACGAUGGCAUGCUGUAUGAGUUCUUUGUCAAAGUCUACCCCUCCUGCCGGGGAGGCAAGGUGGUUUUGGACCAGACAGGCGUGUCUAAGGGCUAUGGUUUUGUGAAAUUCACAGAUGAGUUGGAACAGAAGCGAGCCUUGACGGAGUGCCAGGGAGCAGUGGGACUGGGGUGUAAACCUGUGCGGCUGAGUGUGGCCAUCCCUAAAGCGAGCCGUGUGAAGCCAGUUGAGUACAGCCAGAUGUACAGUUACAGCUACAACCAGUAUUACCAGCAGUACCAGAACUACUAUGCCCAGUGGGGCUAUGACCAGAACACAGGCAGCUACAGCUACAGCUACCCCCAGUAUGGCUACACCCAGAGCACCAUGCAGACAUAUGAAGAGGUUGGGGAUGAUGCUCUGGAAGACCCAGCUCCACAGCUAGAUGUCACUGAAGCCAACAAGGAGUUCAUGGAACAGAGCGAGGAACUGUACGAUGCACUGAUGGAUUGUCACUGGCAACCCCUGGACACAGUGUCAUCAGAGAUCCCAGCUGUGAUGUAGCUUCAGGACUUUUUGAAAGUGUUUUAUAAUUACUAAAAAGAAAAAAUUACUACUUGAAGUUGUGGGCCAACUGUCUAGGAAUGACCACUAUAGGUUAACUAACAGGCCUUGCUAGAGGGCUUAUUUCAGGUUUAUGAAACCUGUCCGUAUGCUUAUCAACAACAACAACAACAAAAAAAAAAAACUCCAGCACCCUUGAGAUCUACCUAAAGAAAGUUGGCAUGUAAAUCCACUUUUUAAUCCAGUUACAAAGAGACACUUUACAAGCUUUUUUUUAUUAAAAAAAUUAAGUUACAAAAAAAGUAUUCCACUUUUCCAAAAUGAGGUUUCUGGCCUUUAACGCAAAGAUCUGAUUGCUGUUGAUUCCAAUGGCUGCUUGGGCAUAAAUAUUAGCCAAGAAUUCUGCUAGCUUCCAUGGUGAUCCUCUUAUGGAAUUUUUCUGAAAAGGAAGUGCAAGUCUGUGUUAGUUCCACCCUCAAACUCAAUCCCAACUCAAGCUUUUCCAAAGAACUGGUCUCAGUCCCAUAUCCGCAUUUCUCAUCCAUAGAUGUCCACUGAUAAUGGGUUUCAUCAUGAACCAGUGUCUGAUUGUACUCAUGUAAUGGUCUAGCCAAACCACAGGGCAAGGAUGUUGGGUUUUAACAGUAACUAAUCCAGCACACACAGCUGAAUUACCAGAGUUGGCUAGAGUCUAUAAAAACCUGACAUUCUGCUAUAAAGUAGCAUAGGGUUCCUUACCACUUACCCAACAACUGUAGACCAAAUCAUAAAUGAUGGCUGCUUCACUGGAUCCAUGGCCCUUAGGAAAAGAAAGGCAGUACUUAGCGAUACUACACACUGCCCAAGGGCAUUUUAAAAUUCAAGUUGUCCCAUUUUCCAAAGCCCAGGCAUGUUCGAGUCUGGCCUGCUGCUCUGCAGCAGACUGCAUGGCUGUGAGGCCAGCUUCAGGGUACUCUUCCUCCUUUACGACCA